CAAGGAGAACUUGGCAGUCGCCUGUUUUCUGUUUUAAUGACAUCUUAGGCAAGUCCGCGAUCUCCUCGUUUUAUCAUCCUUGAAUUUUGAGGACCGACUUCUUCCACGGCUAGUAGAAUAAUCAUUAUUGAACUCCGUGCAAUUAUUUUGUUCAAAAAUUUCAGAAUAACUAAUACAAAAUGCGUGAAAUUGUUCACAUCCAAGCCGGUCAAUGCGGCAAUCAAAUUGGCGCCAAGUUCUGGGAGGUGAUUUCAGAUGAACACGGCAUUGAUCCUACGGGCAUCUACAAAGGAGACUCGGAGUUCGACUCGAAACUUCAGCUGGAACGGAUCAACGUCUACUACAAUGAGGCGUCCGGCGGCAAAUACGUGCCGCGUGCCAUCCUCGUCGAUCUGGAACCCGGUACCAUGGACUCCGUGCGCUCGGGACCCUUCGGACAGAUAUUCCGACCGGACAACUUCGUGUUCGGCCAGUCGGGGGCCGGCAACAACUGGGCCAAGGGUCACUACACCGAGGGCGCGGAGCUCGUCGACUCGGUGCUCGACGUGGUGAGGAAGGAGGCCGAGAGCUGCGACUGCUUGCAGGGAUUCCAGCUCACGCACUCCUUGGGCGGCGGUACUGGAUCCGGAAUGGGCACUCUGCUCAUCACGAAGAUACGAGAAGAGUACCCGGACAGGAUCAUGAGCACCUUCUCCGUGGUACCGUCUCCCAAGGUUUCCGACACGGUCGUGGAACCCUAUAACGCUACCCUGUCGGUUCACCAACUGGUGGAGAACAGUGAUCAAGCUUAUUGCAUCGACAAUGAAGCACUCUACGACAUUUGCUUCCGUACUUUGAAACUGACUACUCCCACGUACGGCGAUUUGAAUCACCUCGUGUCGGCUACCAUGUCCGGCGUAACAACCUGUCUAAGAUUUCCAGGUCAAUUAAACGCCGAUUUGAGGAAACUCGCGGUGAACAUGGUGCCGUUUCCCCGUCUCCACUUCUUCAUGCCAGGUUUCGCGCCUCUCACGUCCCGCGGGAGCCAACAGUACCGUUCCCUCACCGUGCCGGAGCUCACGCAGCAAAUGUUCGACGCGAAAAACAUGAUGGCGGCCUGCGAUCCGCGCCACGGUCGUUAUCUCACCGUGGCGGCCAUCUUCCGCGGCAGGAUGUCGAUGAAGGAGGUGGACGAGCAGAUGCUCAACAUACAAAACAAGAACAGCUCGUACUUCGUCGAGUGGAUACCGAACAACGUGAAGACGGCGGUGUGCGACAUUCCGCCGCGCGGCCUCAAGAUGUCCGCCACUUUUAUCGGCAACUCCACGGCUAUUCAGGAGCUGUUCAAGAGGAUCUCCGAGCAGUUCACGGCGAUGUUCAGGAGGAAGGCCUUCCUCCACUGGUACACCGGCGAGGGUAUGGACGAGAUGGAGUUCAACGAGGCGGAAUCGAACAUGAACGAUCUGGUGUCGGAAUAUCAGCAGUAUCAAGACGCGAUGGCGGAAGACUACGAAGAAGUGGAUGAAGAGGAAAUAGAAAAUUAGAAGAGAGAGGAAUCUAACACGGAAGAUCGCGCGCACUUGCGCAAUUCUUUGACGAUUCUUUUGUACAAUAUUUUUGUAUCUGUUAUUUUUACGUUUUUUAAUGAAUGUUUUACACCGUUUUGUAUAUAUGUUGUCCGUAUACACGAAUUUUUAGAUUUUUUAAUGAUUUGUAUGCUUACUUUGGUGAAGUUUAUAAAAGACAAUACUUAUUGAAAAAACUCCAAAUUGGUCUUUCGAUUUAAUAUUGCAGUGGAUUCUUCUAAGUACGCUGUAUUUUAAUGCUUAAGGAAUUUACACGACUCAAUUAAGGCUCUUUGUUACACAGAUAAUAUCAUCUCUAUCAGUUAAUGACAUUGUACGAAGCUCGAUAUAAAUACGCCUCUUAAAUAAGACAAGUAAACGCUGGCGUUUAGGCGCGAGUCUCGUUAUCGAACUCGUUAUCGUCCUUCUGGUCAACUGACAUUGAUGAAGCCAAGGCCUCGGCAAAAAUUGGCGAUCACGCAUUAUCUCAUCGGUGCCCCGAGGGCAAACACUUUAUUAUUGCGUACAAUAAAGGAGAACGCGUGUUAUUGCGCGUGUUAUUUCUCACCGUAGCUACUAUCUUCAGAGGUAAAAUGUCGCCCAAUCUAUAUGAUAUGUAAUACAUUAAAAGUAUAA